CUGACAGGCAGUAGGGCAAUAUCCCUUGGCCAAUAUCUAACAGGCAGUACAAAGGAUUAGCAGGACGCUGGUAGUGGCACAAGGAGCCCGAAGGCCGCUUGUAACGAAGUGUGCUCAAGUUUCUUUUGUAGCGAAAAUGAAGAUCUCAUUUAUUCUCAGUGCCGUUAUCGUUUUGGCCGUGCGUUGCACGAGUGGGUACAAAAUGGUGUUCAUGAUUCAUGGUGUGAUGAGUGACAAAGGAAGUCUUGAUUUUCUUUCUGAAUACAUCAAGCAGGCUCACCCUGGCACUGAAAUCCACAACAUGAACCUGUUUGCACAUUACUACAGUUUGGAGCCAAUUUGGAAGCAGGUGAAGGGUUUCAAAGCAGAAAUGGAGAAGCUUUUGAAUAACCAAACAGAAGAAGUGCAUCUGAUUGCUCACUCUCAAGGAGGCCUGAUUGCGAGAGGAAUCAUAGAAAGCUGGGACAACCACAACAUCAGCAGCUUCAUCUCGCUCAGCUCUCCUCAGGCGGGACAGUUCGGAGACGGCUUCCUGCACCUGGUGUUCCCGGGCGUGGUGCGCGACGAGGCCUACCGACUCUUCUACAACCGCAUCGGGCAGUACACCUCGGUAGGCAACUACUGGAACGAUCCUCACGAGCAGGAGGAGUAUCGCCAGUACAGCAAGUUCCUGGCGCCCGUUAACAAUGAGGCGUUCACCGACGACUCGAAGCGGUUCAGACGGAACCUGUGCCGCCUGAAGCGUCUGGUGCUUAUCGGUGGGCCCGACGACGGUGUCAUCACUCCCUGGCAGAGCAGCCAGUUCGGCUUCUACACGGCCAACAUGACGGUGCUGAACGUGCGCCAGCGCGAGGGGUACCGGAAGGACCGGAACGGCCUCCGUACGCUGGACAAGCGGGACGCGCUGAUCCUGCACACCUUCGACGGCGUCCAGCACCUCACCUGGCACCAUAACAUCACCGUCAUCCGCCAGGCCGUGCUGCCGUACCUGGACUGAGGCGCUGAUAGCGCUCCUCCAACCGCAGAGGCCGACGGGCCAGAGUUUGCAAGCCCGGCGGGCCGUGCUCACGCUGUGGAGCGGGCCGACGAACGAUCUGUCUACCUGUGGGGAUAUUGGGGAGUCCAUAAGCCUGAAAGGGAUUCAUGGCUAGAACGCCUUAUUGAUGGUGCAGAAACCAUAUCUUAGUCGUGGACACGGGUCAGACAUUAAAAGGGUGUUCUUAAAAAAGCGUGUGCAAGAUUUUGACGCGGUAUGGUUACAAUGUUACCUAGUCUAGGUGCGUAUCUAGUCAUGUUAGAGGCAUUUUGUGGUGCAACUUAUAAUGGGCAUCAAUAGCAUCAUAAGUUUUACAUACAGGAAGGUGGCCCAGAACUGUUCUGGAGGACUACACUGCAUUAGGUUGGUUGCGCGCAAUAGUCCAGUGCCCACACCAAGCCGCGUACAGCCCGACACUCCCUGCGAGAGACGUGCCGCCCGCAGGACGUGUUACGGCCUCGGUGAUGACCUCUCCGUAUGUGUGUAAGCUCCAUUUCCGUCUUUCACCGGCAGAUGUCACCAUGCUCGAGGACAAGGCGUCAGGUGUGGUUUGCGUCGUUUCCGGCCGAACACUGGCAGCGCGCGCGAGCAUUAUCUGGUGUUAGCCAGUGUGAUAGUGUGUGUGCCCGUCGUGCUCAGAUAUUCGUGAGCUGAAAAUACUCAGCGGGUUGAUACCGGAUAUAUAGUGUAUGGUUUAAGCAUAGCCGGACAUGUAGUGUAUGGUAUAAGUAUGAAGGUCGCAUUGUUCAUGCUAGUAUGUGCAAUCUUGAGAAUGUUAUCUGAUCUGAAAUGCACGGUGUGAACCAGUUACCUCAAAUAUAGACGAAAACACUCAGGAAGGCCCCUGAAAAAUGUUUGGUUUUGAAUCGC